AGGGACUCUUUAAGGAUCUCUACUGCGUGUCUUCGCGAUCGAGCACGGGGGGAAAAGGAGCUCGGCAUCCGAGAUCGGAAUUCCAUCGGAAAACAACGGCGGAGAAAGGAGGAGGAUGCGUUCGUGACGGAGGUUUGAAAUGAGAGAUAUGGCGUCUGGAGGAGGAGCCGGAGAGUACAACGAGGAGAGACAUUUGCUGCGAUCUAACGACGGCGACGGCAGUAUCGGCGGAGAAGACGAUCUCGAUGUUGAAGCUCAGUCUCCGUCGAUCAGGAGCGGUGGCAGAGGAGUUAGAGAUCUGUUCAAGCAUUUGGAUCGCGGAAUUUCGCUCUCCGGACGACGUCUAAGUUUCAAGCGUCUGGAGAAUAGCAGAGUUGAUAGAGAGCAUUUCCACCCGUCUUCUUCUUCUUCUCCUCCCGCGUUGUCGUCCAGUGUGGAAAAUACUCAUGCUGACUGUCAUCAUGAUUUCCGACAUUCCGGGCACGGGCACGAUGAAGGUAACGAUGUUCUGGGUGACAGUGCUCCACCUGAAUGGGCACUGUUGCUCAUCGGCUGUCUAAUUGGUGUCGCUGCCGGAAUAUGCGUUGCCGCCUUCAAUUCAGGGGUUCAUGUAAUUCAUGAGUGGGCAUGGGCUGGUACUCCGAACGAGGGUGCUACUUGGCUUCGCCUGCAGAGACUGGCUGAUACUUGGCAUCGAAUUCUUCUAAUUCCCGUCACUGGAGGAGUUAUUGUGGGAAUGAUGCAUGGUUUGCUUGAAAUCUUAGACCAAAUCAGGCAAUCCACUUCUUCUCAAAGGCAAGGACUUGAUCUCCUUGCUGGUAUAUUUCCCACAAUAAAGGCCAUCCAAGCCGCUGUCACACUUGGUACGGGAUGUUCAUUGGGUCCUGAGGGACCUAGCGUCGACAUUGGGAAAUCCUGUGCCAACGGGUUUGCCCUUAUGAUGGAAAACAAUAGAGAAAGGAGAAUAGCUCUUACUGCUGCUGGUGCGGCUUCUGGGAUUGCUUCAGGUUUCAAUGCAGCCGUGGCUGGUUGUUUCUUUGCUAUCGAGACUGUCUUAAGACCUCUCCGUGCUGAGAAUUCACCUCCAUUUACCACAGCAAUGAUAAUCUUGGCUUCUGUUAUAUCAUCUACUGUGUCAAACGCUUUGAUGGGGACUCAAUCAGCUUUCACAGUUCCCUCGUACGACUUGAAGUCUGCUGCAGAACUCCCUCUGUACCUGAUAUUAGGCAUGUUGUGUGGUGCUGUCAGCGUUGUGUUUUCUCGCCUUGUCACAUGGUUUACCAAGUCAUUUGACUUCAUCAAAGACAAAUUCGGCCUUCCUGCUAUUGUUUGCCCUGCAUUGGGUGGCUUAGGUGCCGGUAUGAUUGCUCUCAAGUACCCUGGAAUUCUGUACUGGGGCUUCACAAAUGUUGAGGAAAUUCUACAUACGGGAAAGAGUGCUUCAGCUCCUGGAAUAUGGUUAUUGAGUCAGUUAGCCGCGGCCAAAGUAGUGGCAACUGCUCUGUGUAAAGGCUCUGGGCUUGUAGGUGGUCUAUAUGCCCCAAGUUUGAUGAUUGGUGCUGCUGUUGGUGCUGUAUUUGGAGGUUCGGCAGCAGAAAUCAUCAACAGAGCCAUUCCCGGAAACACUGCUGUUGCACAGCCACAAGCAUAUGCCCUGGUUGGAAUGGCUGCAACACUAGCUUCGGUCUGUUCGGUGCCCUUAACGUCAGUAUUACUGUUAUUCGAGCUGACAAAAGAUUAUAGGAUACUGCUUCCUCUCAUGGGAGCUGUUGGGUUAGCAAUAUGGGUGCCGUCUGUAGCAAAUCAAGGCAAAGAGGGCGAUGCUUCUGAUGUUCGGAACACAGUAGUGAGGAGGGGUUAUACUUCCGUUUCAUCGAACGAACAUAAAAACGAAGCCCUGGAGCUUUCGGUCAUGGAGAAUGCUAACCACAAAAGCCUGGAUGAAGAAACUAUUCUGGAAGGCUUCAAGGUUUCUCAGGUUAUGUCAAAGAACUAUGUGAAGGUUUCCCUCAGUACAACUCUAAGAGAAGCUAAAAAAUUCCUGAAUGAAAGCCGCCAGAACUGUGUUCUUGUGGUUGAGGAUGAUGAUGAGGAUUUGCUAGCUGGAAUCUUAACGCUUGGCGAUAUCAGACGGUACUUGUCCAAGAACGAACCAAUAACGUUAGAUGAGAAUCUGUGUCCCGUCUCUUCGGUAUGUACCCGGAAAAUAAGCUACCGUGGCCAAGAACGCGGACUACUAACGUGUUAUCCCGGCACGAUGGUGGGUGUUGCAAAGGAGUUGAUGGAGGCCGGAGGCAUCAAGCAGUUGCCCGUUGUAAAACGCAGCAAAGAACCUCACAAAGGAAAUAGGCGGAGAGUGCUCGGCCUCGUGCAUUACGAUUCCAUCUCGAGUUUUCUCAGAGACGAAGUGGAACGCAGGAGAUCGAUCUACAACGAAGACGUUGGUGCAAACGCGCAUUGACGAAAGGAAUCGCAAAGAGGGGAUAUAGUUUCUUCUAGUUCCAUGGAUUAGAACACAGAGAGAAAAGAACCUUACUUUUGUAGUUUUACAAAGUUCUGUAUAUGAAAAGUGAAAUGUUUUUUUCCACCUUAUAUUGUAAUCAAACACAUUUCAUAAAAUCAAUCGCAUGUCGUAAGAAAUUUAUCAUGGGGGUUA